CAGGAAUGUUGGAAAUCUAGUUAGUUUAAUAUCAGUGCGCGGAACAUUAACUUUACAAAACUUGUUGGUUGAAUUUAUUAAAUAAAUAAGUAUACAACAUUUGUAUUAAUUUAAAAUCUACUUAAUUCUACUCAAAAACAACAAAAAUCAAAAUGCCAGCAGAUCCGACCGAAGAAGCACCUCCCCAGGUUCCCAAGACGGAACUGGAUGAACUGCAGAUAAAAGCUCAGGGAGUGGCUGAUGAAUCCUUGGAAAGCACUCGGCGAAUGCUUAAUCUCUGUGAAGAGAGCAAGGAGGCAGGAAUACGUACACUUGUAGCCCUUGAUGAUCAAGGAGAACAACUUGACCGAAUCGAAGAGGGAAUGGAUCAAAUUAAUGCAGACAUGAGAGAAGCGGAAAAAAACUUAAGUGGCAUGGAAAAAUGUUGCGGCAUUUGUGUUUUACCCUGCAAUAAAAGUCAAUCUUUCAAAGAAGACGAUGGAACAUGGAAAGGAAAUGAUGACGGAAAAGUGGUUAAUAAUCAGCCACAAAGAGUAAUGGAUGACAGAAAUGGAAUGAUGGCUCAAGCUGGAUACAUUGGCAGAAUUACAAAUGAUGCACGAGAAGAUGAAAUGGAGGAUAAUAUGGGACAAGUUAACACCAUGGUAGGCAACCUCCGCAAUAUGGCAUUAGAUAUGGGAUCAGAGCUCGAAAAUCAGAACCGUCAAGUAGACAGAAUUAAUCGCAAGGGCGAAUCAAAUGAAGCAAGAAUAGCAGUAGCAAACCAAAGAGCCCACCAGCUUUUAAAGUAAAUUGAUGUCAAGAUAAUAAAAUGUACAUACACACAUUUUUGUAAAUGAUAUUUCGAUUUUUUAUUUUUAUUAAAUAUUUCAAAAUUUCGUGUAACUUCUUAGUGCUCCAGCAGUAGUAAUUAACAUAAUCGUAUUAAUAAUUUUUAUUGUAUAAUAAUAUUUUGUAAUACCUAAAUGCAGCCAUGUUAAACAAAUUAAUUAUGAAUUACAUUUACACUCUGAAAUGCUCAAAUUCGUAUGCACUCACUCGAUAAUGCUUUAUAUAUAAAUAUG